CAAGCAAAUUUCACUCUUCGCCUGUGGAGGUCCUGUGAAAGGUGAGAGAGUGAGAGUCCUGCCUGCAGGUGUAAGGGACAAGUUGGCCAAAAACUAUGGCUCUGUUGGAACUGCUCCCAGUUUUAGUGGCGAUGAUCAACUUGAACCUCGUUCAGACAGACACAGGGGAACCCCUCAUCCCUGAUGCUGAACCUAUCCCUGCAUCAGUUGUGGAUAAGGAUGCCCUCAUCCACUCCAAUGGUAUACAAAAGAGGGAGCUGGAUUGCUCAGAAGGAUACUAUCAUCACCCGGAUGAAACCCACUGCUGCCGUAAAUGCCCCAGAGGAACUUACAUUGAACAACACUGUUCAGACUCGAAUGAGGCAUCUAAGUGCUCAAUAUGCCCUGAGGGUUCCUUCAUGCCUGAAGAGCAUUUCUCUGAAAGGUGUCUCGGAUGCCUUCAGUGCCGUCGAACCUUUGGACAAAUAGAGGUAUCCAAAUGUACCAGUGAGAACGACACAGUUUGCGGUUGCGGCAGUGAUCAAUAUCAAAGUAGCCGCAGUCUUGACUUCAUGUGCAAGAGCUGCAGUGACUGUCCCGAUGGAAAAAUCCAGCAACCUUGUACCAAAUUCAGUGACACAAUAUGUGAGAGUGCCUCCAUGGAUUCUUUCUCCAGGCUACCCAUGCAGCAGGUGGGGGGAAACCUUGUUAUCUAG